UGGAGAUAACUCGUCCGACCAUAAAUGAUGCCCUACUGUUGUUAAACCAAUCCCCAUUGCUUACGAGAAGACAGAAUGAUGAUACGUAUUUGAACAAUAAAAUCACUCGUGUUGCUUAUAAUUUGAGAAAGGCAUUAGGAGUACAAAAUGCAGUGGAAUUUCAAUGCAGCGAUACAGAUGCUGCUGAAAUAAUUGAAAAAUUGAGAGAGAAGUUUAAUGACACUGAUACAAGCACAUCGUUACGUUAACAAAUUUUGACUCUAAUGCCGUCAAGUUGGAGCAUUGAUAAGAUUGUCGAGGUUAUGGGUACUACGACGUAUAUGGCACGAUUAACGAGAAAGCUUGCUGCUGACCAAGGAGUUUUACCAAUACCUGAAAAGAAAAUAGGCCAUGGAUUAUCUUCUGAAGUGUCAUCGGCUGUUAUAGAUUUUUAUAAUGACGAUGAAAUGAGUAGUGUUAUGCCAGAAAAAAAGGAUUUUAUUUCAUUGCGUAAUGAUGAUGGUUCGAAAGUUCAAGUGCAAAAACGUUUAGUACUUUGUAAUUUGAAAGAGUUACACAAAAUAUUCAAAUCAAGAUUUCCCCAAAUUGAAAUUGGAUUUUCUUAAUUUGCAUCAUUACGCCUAAAACACUGUAUUUUAGCUGGUGGAUCUGGUACUCACACAGUUUGCGUUUGCUCAAUUCAUCAGAAUAUAAAACUCAUGAUUUUAGGUGGUAAGUUAUGUCGAUUAACUGAAGGUUCAAAUUUGCCGGUGGGAACUUAUAAUGACUGUUUAAAUGCAAUUGUGUGUGAAGAACCAACGACUGAGUGCUAUUUCAAUACAUGUGCUAAUUGUCCAGGUAUUGAAAAUAUAAAACAGUUAUUACUAACAGAAAUGGAUAAUAAUGGAAUCGAUGAAGUAAGUUACAAACAAUGGGUGUCGACUCCGAAAGUAACACUUGAAACAACCAUUAAAAGUACUUUGGAUUUUGUUGAUGACUUCUGUGAAAAACUUGUUGCUUUAUUACCACAUAAUUUCAUUGCAAAAGAGCAAGCGGCUUAUUUGAGAGCGUUAAAAGAAUCUAUAACAGAGAACGAAUUUAUGGUAAUUGUUGAUUUUGCUGAAAAUUAUGCAUUUGUUGUUCAAGAUGCUGCACCGGGAUUCCACUGGAAUAACGAUCAAGCAACAGUUUACACAGUCGUUAUUUAUUAUAAGGUAGAUAAUCAACUUACUCAUCAAAGUAUGGUUAUCAUUUCUGAUUGCUUGAACCAUGAUUCUAUUGCUGUCCAUAUUUAUUCUGAGAUCAUUAUCAAUUUUAUUAAGUCUCUGUCGUCUACAGUCUCUGUCGUCGGAUGGUGCACCUCAGCAAUAUAAAAAUUACAAGCAUUUUAGUAAUUUAUCGCAUUAUCGUAGAGAGUUUGGUGUGAUCGUCGAAUGGAAUUUUUUCGCAACAGCUCACGGAAAAGGGCCUUGUGACGGAGUCGGCGGGACAAUUAAAAGAAAGGCCUCGCGGGCAAGUCUACAGUUACCACCUGAUCAGCAAAUAUUAACACCUAAACAAUUAUUCGAAUGGGCGUCACAAAAUUUGACGAAAAUGAA